AAGAGUCUGGCUGGGGGGCUGAAGGGCCACCAUGUUGCACUGUGCGGGACCCCACACCAGCAAACUUCUCAAACAGGUGGCCGCCUGCUGCCUGCUGCUGCCCCGCUUCCUGCUCACGGCGCUGAUGCUGUGGCUGCUGGAUUUCCAGUGCAUCAGGAGGAGGGUCCUGGUAACCGCCAGGGAGGAGAGCAGCCCGGAGCUGGAGGACCCCCCGCUGUGCGUGUCCGACUCCAACCGUAUGUGCACAGUGGAGUCGCUGCGAGCGGUCUGGCACGGACAGAAGCUGGACUACUUCAAGUCUGCGCACCUGGGCAGCUCUGCCCCCAACACUGAGGUGGUGAUGCUGGAAGGGCGCAGGCUGUGCAGGAUCCUGGAUUUCUCCCAGGGCAAGAGACCGCUGGUUGUCAAUUUCGGCAGCUGCACCUGACCCCCAUUCAUGGCUCGCCUGCAAGCCUACCGCCGCCUGGCAGCCCAACACGUCGGCACGGCAGAUUUCCUGCUGGUCUAUAUAGAGGAAGCGCACCCGUCCGACGGCUGGGUCAGCACCGACGCCUCCUACCAAAUCCCCCAGCACCAGUGCCUGCAGGACCGCUUGGCGGCGGCUCAGCUCAUGCUCCAAGGUGUGCCGGGCUGCAGGGUGGUGGCGGACACCAUGGACAAUUCAUCCAACGCCGCCUACGGUGCCUACUUUGAGAGACUUUACAUUAUCCUGGAGGGCAAGGUGGUGUACCAGGGAGGGCGGGGGCCGGAAGGCUACAAGAUCUCGGAACUGAGGAUGUGGUUGGAGCAGUACCAGCAGGGCACGAUUGGUACCUCGGGCACCGGCCAUGUGGUCAUCCAAGUCUAAUCAGUGGCAUUGAAUGAAGGGGAGGAAAGUAACCCAGUACUGUAACCAGCAGUAUUAUAUUAUAUAUAGGCAGGUGGAACCUGUUAGGUGAAGCCACUCAUCUCCUUGGGCAUCAAUGAUUGCGACCAAACGACUCAUCCUAAAAUACCGAUGCGACAAAUGUUGAUGUGUAGUAAGCUGCAAGGCAAGGGCAUCCCAUCUGCGCACCUCUGGCUGCGGCUGAAUUGCAACUUCCAACACUUCCUGACCCAUUAGGGAGCUGGAAGGAGUUGUAAUUGAAGAGCUGCUGGAGGGUCGCGGCUUGGAUGUCAUUGCCAGAAUAAGCUACAGUGACUGUCUGUCUGUCUGUCCUUGCUCCUUUCCCCACUUGUGUGCGACUAGUGCUGUGUGAAUUGGGGCGGGAGUACAAGGUGCGUGUCACUGGAGCCUCCCACACUGACUCUGCAGGUGUUUGCAAAUGACGACCGAUUUUGAAAUGGUUUCACGGCCAAAAACUCGUGUCUGACACCCCUUCCUUCCCCAAACUACCUGCAGGCUCCGGUGUCGGGCUCCUCCAGUGGAUUUAUUUAUGUGAUUUUUGUAAGCAGACUUUUAUAUAAAGGAUUUUUUACGAUUAAAAACUUAGCACAAAGGCG